UCGUCGGCGGCGGAAACGCGGAAACUGCAGACUGCAGCAGCUCGCGACGAUGUCGGUGUGCUGGCGCGAUGGAUGUGAAGGUGCUACGAACGCAACUGACAAGGCUGAGUGCUUGGUUUCGCUUGGCGAGUCAAAGAAAGUUGUCCAACUCACAGGCGCACGGAAGGAGGCCGAUCUGCGCACAAGCCUGCUGCAAGGCCAUUUCGCGAACCUGACGUGUGAAAGGUUUCUGAUUCAGAUAUACAAUGCACGGUUCGGAUGUUUUGUAGACCUGGAUGAUGAAACAGAAAUUGAGGAUGGUGCAAGGAUUAAUUUAAUCAUCUGCAAAAACGCUGAGCACCAACUUGCAGAAGAGCAAAUGAGCAUACUGCUUGAGGAUGUGCAACAAGUUUUCACUGUGCCAGAUUCAGCAAAACAUAUGGAGGACUAUACGUUGCCACAAGUGCCAGUUGAUAUAGCAGCACAGGUCAAGACUGUGAAAAAUGGAAAUGUUCCAGAAAUGCUCAGAAGAAGAAUAAUUGACUGGCUUACUUACGAUCUAUCAUUACGUGGAAUGUACCCAAAAAGGCUCUAUGCAACUGCAGCAAGAUGCCUUGUGGCAUUGUACCCACAGCUGAAAGACAGCUCAGACAGUGGCCAUUUUUCCUGGUUUCUAUCUUUGAAAAACAAAUUUAAGAAUCUUCGGAAACGGAUGCCACCCGGAUGUCCCGAAGUUGAUGCACAAAAGGCAAAAAGGGCACGGAAGCCUUUGGCUGAUGUUAGUAAUCAAGCAAACCAGCAGCCAUUCUGCCAUGAGACUGCUGUCGCACCUGUCUUUGAAAUGGAUGAAGUUUUUGUGACAGAGGCCAUAAAUUUCAUGAAGAAAGAGCUUUCAACUAGAAACCCAAAUAUGGAAAAGGUGAAAGAUGCCAUGGACAAAACGUGCAAGGCUAGAAGGAAAUGCCUAGAAGGGGAUAAAAUGAGUGUAAAGGAAUUCGUGGCAUUAUAUCCUGCAUUGACGCUUGAAAGAGAAAUACUCAACGAAUGCAGCCGCCUUACAUCAAUUUCACCUGACGAGUCCUUCACACAAGCGCUUAGAAGACAUAGUGAUGCAAUCCUUGAAGCAGUGAGACUGAAACGACCAGCAUUGCCCUCAUACAACAUUGUGGCAGCGGCAAUCCUGUCUGCUCAAGGGAUCUCCAAGAACUAUGUCAGAGGAAUCGGUGCCCUCGUUCUGCUGCCAUUCCUUUUGAGUGAACGAGGAGAUGACAUUUUUGCCCCAUUGGUUGACGGAAGGACCCACACGUAUCCAACUCUUGUUUACUCUGGUAGAAGCAUCCUCUCUUCAGACGCUUUAACUGUAACAUUUGAAAAUGUUCAGAUUGAUGUCCUUGAUGUAACCGCUGGUAUGGCAUUAGUGUUCUCAAUGUAUUGGGCAUACAACAUUCAGUAUGUGCCAUCUGCGAAAAAAACCUUUGCAUUGCUUGAACACCUCAUCGGCAUCAAGAGGACGAAGCUUUCAACAAAAGCAAUCAGAGUUCUCACAAUGCUCAAUGCAUCUGCGACUUAAGUAAGCG